CCAGAGCUUGUGACCCGCGAUGCGCCGCUGUUCGGCGGGGAGGAGAGUGCGAAGUUGGCUCGCCGGGCUCGGAAGACCCCGCGGGGCCGCUGCCGCAGUGGACCGCAGUGGACCGCUACUGAGUCGCCGCAGGGCACCGAUGAUUCAGCGUGGGGAAGCUCGGCAGGCACAACCCGAGCAGCUUGCAACGCGUCCAGCAUCUGUUGGCGACUUGCGACUCCGAGAGCCUAGUUGGCCUUGCAUUGAUUCGGAUCGUGCGCCGUAGCAUCCUUCUCCGUCUCUCAUCGCGACGCCCGCUUUCCUACGCAUGCCCUCCCGGUAGCAGCCCAAACCGCCAGAAUGACGACUCCUCGCACGAAGAACCCCAUGCCCGAGUGGAUAGAAUCGCCACAUCCGCACGUCCAGCAUUCCCUCAUCACAUUCCCAGCGAAGCACAUCCUCCAGGUGACCAUCAACCGCCCAGAAGCGCGCAAUUGCCUCCCGGUGGAGGGCACCAUCGAGCUCGGCGCAUUGUGGAAAUGGUACGAUGCAGAGCCCGAGCUGCGCGUGGCCGUCUUCACCGGGGCCGGCGACAAGGCGUUUUGCGCGGGCAUGGACUUGAAGCAGCGGUUCGACAUCCUGGACACGGGCGACAUCGCGCAUGAUUAUCCGCCCGGGCAGUUCGCAGGCAUGAGCAAUCGGGCGGGGAAGAAGCCGAUUAUUGUGGCGUGCAACGGGCAUGCGCAUGGCGGCGGCUUCGAGGCCAUCCUCAACGCCGACGUCAUAUUCGCCUCGCCCAACGCGACCUUUGCACUCCCCGAAGUCCUCCGCGGCGUCUCAGCCCUCGCUGGCGCCCUCCCCCGCGUCUUCCUUCUCUUCGGCAACCACCGCGCUAUGGAUCUUAUCCUCACCGGCCGCCGGCUCUCCGUCGAGGAAGCACACGCUUGGGGCCUCGUCAAGGAGAUCGUGCCGCAAGAACAGCUUCUAGAAAAGACAUUAGAGUAUGCAAAGCUGAUUGCGAGUCUGAGUCCAGAUAGCGUUAUUAUUAGUCGGAUGGCGGCGAGAGAGGCCUGGGAGACGGGUGUUAGUAGGGCGACGAUGAGGGGGCAGGAGUUGUGGGCGGAGAAUAUGCUGAGAAGCGAGAAUGCGAGAGAGGGGCUGUUGGCGUACAAGGAGAAGAGGGAGCCACGGUGGAAGAGGAGUCAUUUGUAGGGUCGGAUGGAUGACGAUGGUAAGAAAUUGGGCAGUAGCUAAUCGCCAACCCAUACAUUAGGCGCUUUUCGGAUCUGACCUGGAAAGUACAUAAUCAAAAUGGACUGCGC